CGUCGCCAUACCAUGGAUUCAAUCCGAUUCCCAUCUAGCAACAAAAACGCUCCCCGCAUCUCCUAUGUGGCUGUCCAGGAGUACCCGGCAGGGCUUGUACAAGUUUCAUAGUCGACUGUGAGGGGCCCGGCGGUCACAUUAUUGCAAGAAGGCAUAUGUGAAAGGGAGAUUCCGUGCCUUUCAGCCUGAGCGGCCCACCACGGGCCCAACUUGAAUAUGCCUGAGACAGGCAGUGAAGGCUGGCAGGAACUGCAACUCCCAUCCAAGCGACAGUGUCCCAAACUAUUCUACUCGUUAUCGACAGAAAACGAAUCCAUCACACUUCUCCUGACCGACCUGAUCGGCAUCUGGGAAUGCAUCCUGGACAGAUAUGACAUCCUAGCAGAAGCGUCACGACAGCACACGAGCAUCGACCCGUCAGCAUCAUCCGACCAAUUCGAGGUGCUCCUGUCCAAAAUCACCAAGAGUCUGAAGGACGGCAACAACGUCCUACUCAGAGCUGACGGCCGCGAUGGCAACAAUCAAGUCUUGCGUCUGAGGACGAGCAUUCAAUUGCCAAAGCCCCUGAGACCUUUGGAAUGGACGUUCAAACUCACUCCGCAACCGGCGUCUGAGCUAGCUGAGAGGAUUCUCCGGCCUAGUCUGCAUGAAGUCGCCGUCUCUCAGGAGAAGAUAGCCUCUCUCCUGCAUAUUAUCAAGGAGAAAGACCAUGUCAUCUCCCGGCUUCUCGACAGAAUUGGCAGUUCGGCCAUUGACCUUAGCCUGAUAUUUCCCGGCAUCACUGGCGUGGCUUCCCGCAGAGCGGGCGGACACAUCUCCGUCGCGGAGGCCAAGAAACAUGUGCCUGGAAUGGCUGCCUUUGACGAGAAAUCGUGGACGAAGCAGUUCGCCAACGACGACGGCUACGAGGGCGCCGACCGAACAGGCCUGAGCAAUCUCGUACGUGGAUGUGAGAAGUGCUUCGUGCAUACCAAGGCUGAACACGAGGACUGGAUCGGGUCCUUGCCACCGGCGGACAGACUGGACGCCCAGAAGAACCGCCAAUACAGUCCUCCCCCCGCGACAAAGAGCACCAGCAAUAAACGCGGUCGAGAUUCUGGGAAUGACGAAUCUACAGAUUCCGAUGAUGAUUUCGAGCGACAACCGACGCCGCCAGCAUUGAGAUCAAAGGCUCCGGAGACAAAGAAGUCCACCAGAGCCGCGAAUGACGACGUUUCCGAGGACGAAGAACCCCCAUCCAAGCGGACCAAGGCGUCAAAAAUCGGAGGUCUCGGUCGACGCAACGCCACCAAAGCCUUUGGAACGUCCAACGCCCGCCAACGCUCCCCAUCGCCACCACCGGCCACUGAACAAACAUCGUCACGACCAGCGAGAAGACGUGCUACAUCUACCUCCUCCACCGGAAGCGCCACGGCAAGUCCCACUGCUUCCGAAGACGAGGACGACAACGACAACGACUCCAAAUCUCAGCCCUCGAAGCACCAAGCCCGUAAAGACGAGUCUGGCACCAAGCGGCAGCUGGGCGGCUUACGAAAGAACAAACCAGCUAGCCCGUCGCCGCCCGCAACUAGGAACACGACACGAGGGCGACAUGCAUCCACGCCUGACCACGAGUCUCCUGAGCCCUCCGGCGAAGGAGCAGACAACCGCCGUGCCACGGGCACAGAAUCAGGCACGGACUCGGACUCUGAUUCCGCACCGGUUGGCAGUAAACGGCGCACUGGCACUCCCAAAAAUCCGAGCGUCAAACCAAAGCCCACAUCCACAUCCACAUCAACACCGCAAGCAAGAUCGACGCCCAAGAGCAAGACCACCACCAAACCCGAUUCUGCCUCCGAUACCGAUUCCACAGCCGAUGACGACCUCGACCUCGACCUCGAUGAUCCUAAACCGCAACCCAACCAGAACAAGAACCCAACCCACGACAAGCAGACCAACCCAGAACCAAAAUCAUCACAGAUCUCCCCUUCAUCCGCCGCGGCGACCACUCCCAGACGUCGUCUCGGCCGAAUCGGCCGCAAUCAGCCAUCACAAUCACAACCAUCCCAACAACCCACCCCGACUCCUCGACGCAAAAGAGGAGAAACCCCCAAUGACGACGACGACCAACGACAGUCUGCGGAUAGGGAUAGAUCAGCUACUAGUUCUCCAUCUCCAUCUCCGGCUGCACCACGUUCAACAUCGAAAUCUAAACCUAUACCUAGCCAAAGAGACACCACCACGACAACGGCCCGUGCAGCCUCACAAUGGGCGAAAUCUCUCUCUUCUAUCGCCGACACUGAAUCCCAGAGCACAAAAGAAAACCUCAAGUCCUCACAACCACCACAACCGCCACCGCCUAAAGCAGAAGAGCAAGAAACCGACGAACAAAAAGCCAACCGGCGUCGAAUGGAACUCAAGCGCGUCCUAGCGGGGGCCAACGGUACCAAGAAGAAGCGACGGUUCUAGGCUGUCUAUCGAUAUCUAUAAUCCAGAACGUGACAGGUAGGUAAUGGUAAUCAGAACUGGCAAUCUACUACCACUGGCGAUCUCGGAACAAUUAGCAUAAAGACGGACUUUUCAUUUAACGCACUGCAUUACACACUGAUCAGCCUCGGCCAAGCCAGAAACCUGAAGCGGUUGUGCAAGCCAGCGAGAUUCUGACAGUAACUUUGACUGAACAUUUCCUUCCUCGGUCUUGUUUGCAACCAUGCCUACAGUUGCCAACAAUUUUCGGACCCAUGCAAAAGAGUCAAGCUCUUCAUAGACACGCUGGUGUUUCCAAUGCCCUGAGGCAGCAAGCUCUUCUUUUCUCAACACAAUGAUUAGACCAAUGGCUGCAAAGUCCCCAUCAAGUUUUGGCACAACCGUCAUGCAUCACAGAGUCAAUCCAUGUCUGCUGCUCGCGGUGAAAUCAUUCCUCCCUUUACAAAUACCGUGCGGCCAGCAGAACCUGGUGCUGCCUGCUCAUGCUGGACUC